AUGUCGCAGAUGCACCACGCACCACCAACAUACCACAGAGAGACCACGCACCAUCAACAUGACACAGAGGCACCACGCACCACCAACAUGUCACAGAGAGACCACGCACCACCAACAUGUCACAGAGAGACCACGUACCACCGACAUGUCGCAGAUGCACCACGCACCACCAACAUGCCACAGAGGCACCACGCACCACCAGCAUGUCACAGAGGCACCACGCACCACCAACAUGUCACAGAGGCACCACGCACCACCAACAUGUCACAGAGGCACCACGCACCACCAACAUGCCACAGAGGCACCACGCACCACCAACAUGUCACAGAGGCACCACGCACCACCAAUAUGCCACAGAGGCACCACGCACCACCAACAUGUCACAGAGGCACCACGCACCACCAACAUGUCACAGAGGCACCACGCACCACCAACCACUUGGAGCCAUAG